AUGUCUUUCGGCUUUGGAAGUGGAGGAGGGUUCGGCCAGAACACCCAGAAUGCCUUUGGCACAUCUGGCGGCUUUGGUUCAAACACUGGCGGAGGCUUUGGAUCGACUGGCUCCACCGCCUUUGGAUCUGGGAACACUGGAACGGGAAACACUGGCGGGAGUCUGUUUGGUGGAACGGGUGCCUUCGGCAAUACCAACAGCGGCGGAGGAUUCGGCAGCAACACUAACCAAACUCAAACUAAUUCCCUUUUCGGUGCAGGCCAGAACCGUACACCAGGCUUCGGCACCACCAAUACAUCUACCGGCGGCUCCCUUUUCGGAGGUACUGCAACUACCGGAAACAACACGUUCGGCAGCUCUGGCGGCGGUGCAUUCGGCUCUGGUACCACAGGUGGCUUCGGUAGUAACGCUGCAGGAAACACCGGUGGAGGCCUUUUCGGCAAGAGCGCUGGUGGCUUCGGCUCUACUACCAACACAAAUACCGCCGGGGGCUUCGGCUCUGGAGGUGGCUUUGGGUCUACCACUACGCCAGCUUCAACAGGCUUUGGUGGCUCAGGCAUUGCCCUCCAGGGUGCUCUUCAACCUUGUGAGGGCACCGGGUCAACCCCAUUCAGUCCAUUCACCGAGAAAGACACCAGCUCGGCAACUAUGAACCACUACCAGAGCAUCAGUUUUAUGCAACCAUACAGCCGAUUCUCUCCCGAGGAGCUGCGACUAGCCGAUUAUCAGGCAGGCCGCCGAUUCGGCAACGGCAGCGGUCAAGCUGGUGCCUUUGGCAGCUCUGCCUUUGGCGGUACUGCUGGUGGAUUUGGCUCUCAGCAAAAUAACACCACAGGCUUCGGUGCUAGCACUACACCUUUCGGAGGCGCUGCUACCAGUCAGCCCGCUGGAGGAUUUGGCGCGACCCAAACUACUGGAGGGUUCGGCGCAACUGCGAACAAUAAUUCUGGCUCUUCCUUAUUUGGAGCCAACAAGCCCGCAACUUCAAUGUUCGGUGGAGGUACGACCGGAACGACUGGGGGUUCUUCUCUCUUCGGAGGCAACACUGGCUCUACUGGAAAUGCCUUCGGCUCUGGCACAGCUGCAGGCGGUUUCGGAUCCACCAACAACACCGGAGGUAGCUCAUUGUUUGGAGCAAACAACCAGCAGAAGCCAGCUUUCGGGUCAACCACCACUGGUACUGGCUUCGGCGGAGGUGGUUUUGGCGCCCAGCAACAAACGUCUUCCUCCAACCCCUUUGGUGGAACUCCAGCCACUACCACGCCUUUCGGUGGCCAGCAGCAGCAGUCUGGGGGUCUAGGUGGCUUCGGCCAGAACCAGAACCAGAACAAGCCGGGCGGUUUGUUCGGUGGAGCGUCGACCGGCUUCGGUGCUUCGAACAACACGCAGGGGCAGAGUGGCUCUUCUCUGUUCGGUAACACUCCUGCUGCGGGCAAUACUGGCGGUGGUCUUUUUGGUCAAUCGCAACCCCAGCAACAAAAUACGGGCGGUGGUCUUUUCGGAGGCGGUCAAAACCAGGCAUCAACUGCUGGCGGGGGCCUAUUUGGCCAGCAGAAUAACCAAGCUAAGCCCGGUGGCCUUUUCGGCAGUGGUGGCACUACCACCACUGGCGGCGGUGGCUUAUUCGGCAAUAGCCAGCCCCAGCCAGCUACUGGCGGUGGUCUGUUCGGUGCCAGUCAAAACAAUCAACAGCAGAAGCCCGGCGGUCUGUUCGGCAACUCUACUGGCGGUACUGGUAGCAGCCUGUUCGGCAACCAAAACAACUCGACCCAACAAGGCGGCUCUUCACUAUUCGGGAAUCAAAGUCAGCAACAACCAGCUGGCGGCAGCUUAUUCGGCAAUUCGCAGCCUGCACCGCAACAAUCUCAGCCAGUUCCCGGUAGCUUGACUUCCUCGCUUCUUGAGGGCAACCCUUACGGCAACCAGUCCAUCUUCUCGGGUCUUCCUGCCCCGAAUGCGCCUUCUCCGGGUCCUUUGGCUACGCCUCUCUCGGCUAGCAUGAAGCAGAAGCAGCGAACUCCUUUGCCUGUUCACCAAAUGGUUCCUCAGGCCGCCAAUCGUCUCGUCACUCCUCCCCGUCGACAAGGAUACGGCUUCUCCUACUCCACCUACGGUUCCCCUGCUAGUGCUGGUAGCACUCCUGGAUUCAGCGGAAGUCUGCUGGGCGCUGGAGCCUCCAAUAACAGCUUCCGUGGAAGCCUCAACGGUGGCAGCUUUGGCCGAAGCUUCAGCAAGAGCUACUCCACCAGCAACCUUCGCAAAACCUUCGAUCCGGACUCGAACAGUGUCUUAUCACCCGGUGCUCUGCAGGUCAGCAGUGGACGCAGCACUGGAAGCAGCCUCAAGCGCCUCACCAUUGACCGCAGUCUCCGUAAUGACCUUUUCACGCGUCCGGCCAGCGCAUCGCCUGCGCCCCUCACGAACGGCGAUGACGCUGCCUCUGGAGACAAGUUGAAGAAGAAGGUUAGCUUUGACUCUUCCUCUCCCACUGUCUCCGGAGACGAGAUUGUCCCGGUGGAGACGAGGAGCCCUGAGCCAACCCCUGCUGAAUUGGGCUUCUUACGUUCUACUCGCAAGAGUGGUACGUUGAACGGUAUUGACAGUCACCCGGAGCAGCCCGAGAUGGAGUCUGUUGGUCGUGAUUUGGCCGUUGUGCCCGAAAAUGACGAACCCUCCUCUGCCGAAGCCACUGCUAAGCGCAUGGCUCCAUUUUUUCCCCACGGUGACCCUAGCCCUGGCGAGUACUUCAUGUCUCCUUCCCAAGAAGAGCUGAAGCAGAUGACUCGUGAAGAGCUGAAGCAUGUUCAGAACUUCACUGUCGGCCGCCAGCACUGUGGUCAGGUAACAUUCGACGUGCCUGUUGAUCUCACCAAUAUCGACAUCGACGACAUCUUCAAUACUAUUGUCGAUAUUGGCGUUCGCAGGAUUACUGUCUACCCUGACGAGACCGUUAAGCCUCCUCGUGGAAAGGGUCUCAAUGUGCCAUCUACUCUCUGCAUUCAGAACUCCUGGCCGCGCGGUCGUGACCGGAAGAAGCCCGCUCCGAUUACUACGGGACCGCUCCUCGUCAAGCACAUCGAGCGCCUUAAAAGAGUGGCGGAUACUGAAUUCAAGGAAUACGAUCCUGAGACUGGAACGUGGAUUUUCAGCGUUCCUCACUUCACUACCUAUGGCCUCGACUAUGAUGAGGAUGAGGAAGGCGAAACCCUUGACCAGAGCACCCUUGCUGUGGGCCCUCCUGACAGCGGUACUCCAAAGGCCCACCGUGACCACCCCGUCAGUUUUGAACAGUCUACGACGUUCUCCAUCGACGAUUCAUUCGUCGGUUCGAUGGUGGGCGUUGAUGACGACACAUUUGACUUCAAGAAACGCAAGAUAAUCCCUGGAUCUUUCGGCAGUCAGGCUGAGGACCAGGACAUGACCUCUGAAAUCGGCACCGAGUCUUUUUUAGAGGAAGGCUCCACGGGUUCGGCUACUGAGCAUGAUGACGACUUUGUCACUGAAAGCCAGGUAUCUGGCGACUCUGUAGUGGGAUCUGAUGAAGACCAGGAGAUGGACAUGGCGGGUUCCUUUCCAACUCUUCAUCGUUCCGUGGAGCAGGACGACGACCAGACCACCUAUGGUGACCUGGACACCACCCAGCCCAUUCUGAAGCCUCUUGGCACACCUCCAAAACCUCGUUUAGAUCUCAGCGGUGACUGGACCGAGCAAUUGCAGCGAACAAUCAGUCCCCGCAAGCAGAACCGCGACGCUCUGCGUGAAAUCCAAGCAAGUGCCUUCACCAAUCGUCCUCUCCUGAAUGACGGAUCUCCAGUUGAGAAGACAUCCUCCCCCAAGAAAGGUUUCACGAAUAGCAUCGACUUGAUGAAUUCCUUGUUUCAGCAACAGCCGAGAAAGCAAGCUGCUCCGUCUCCGCUGAAAGCUUCCCAGUCCCAGCCUAAGGCUUUUGAGUGGCCAUACAACAAACAGCCUAAAUCAUACGCGGAUGAUACGACAACAAUGGACCAAGCUGAUGCUGACUUCCAUGACUGUUUCAAACCGCGGUGGGGUCCACAACAAUCCAUCAUCUGCGUCAAAAACGAAACAGGCGAUACCAUCUCUGGCAUUCACAACCGCUGGCAAGACUGCUUCACGGUCUUCGGGGAAGACAGAGACAUCACAGUCAUGCAAAGCAUUCUUCCUGAUCAGUCCAAAGGGCCGGUCCUUGACGUCCAACGCGUACAAUCCACAAUUCAACAGAUCGAUGGAAUCCCAUUAGCCCGUCUGUCCAAACCCGACCUUGCUCAAUUUGCUUUAUCCCCUACUGCCAAUGAAGAGCGACUCAUCUGGCAGUUGACGAAUAUUUUGUUCAACGAUGAGCUCGAAGAUGAUAUUUCAGCUGGUGUGCCUCCCCAGCUACGUCCUCAAUUCGCGCACCGAAUCAAGAAGGACCGAUUGAGUCGGCUUUGGGAAAGCAUCAUUCGAGAGCGCCAUACCCAUGCCCUCGAACGGAUUCGCUCGCCCGAAGAGCGCGCCGUUCACCUUCUUUGUUCUCACCGCAUUCAAGAAGCAUGCAAGGUCCUAGUGGAAAGCCAGAAUCUUCAUUUGGCCACUGUCGUUGCACAGAUUGGCCGUGAUGCCACUUCUCGUGGUGACAUCGCUAAUCAAAUUGAAGUGUGGCGCCAAAACAAUGUCUUGUCCGAGAUGACCGAGCCUGUUCGUGCUCUUUAUGAGCUCGUUGCUGGCAAUAGCUUGUUCUGUGAUGGCAAGACAGGCGGCGCGCUUGAGGAUCGUGCUACUGCAUUCCUUUUCACAGAACGAUUCGACCUGGAUUGGCUUCAGGCCUUCGGUCUUCGACUAUGGUAUGGCAUUACCGAAGAUGAGCCCCUUGAAGCAGCCGUUUCAAAGUUCCUCAAGGAUCUCUCGACUGGACAAGAGCCUGCAUUCCCUCGCCCGGCCCACGAGGCUCAUAUCAAAACAUCUGUCCAGCCUGGGUCCGAUACCCUUGGUCGUGAGUCUCCUCUCUGGGUACUUCUGAAAGUGUACGCGGCUUCAAAGGGCGAGACCUCAAUUCCCGCCAUCGAACUCCCCGCAGCUCUGCUCCCCGAGUCGCUGUCAGGGGAUCUCUUGAGCAACCGUAUCUCCUUCCAGCUCCACCAUGUCCUCUCUGCUGUCGUGGGGCAAAGCGAGUCAAUCAAAAUCAACCAAUACCAAGCCGAUCGGCUUGUAUCGGACUACGCUUCGGAACUCUUAUCCGCUGGGGAGAUCGCGUUGGGUCUGUCUGUCCUCCUUUAUCUUUCUCAAUCUGAGGAGCGCAAACGGUCUUUGCAAGAGACACUUGCUCGGUUCGGAGCCCAUCUCCCUGCUCCCACGAUCUCUGAAAGCGCCGAAUCCGACCCUCUGUGGGUGUAUUUCACGGAGCACUUACAGCUUCCUGAAGCCUGGAUCUGGGUCGCCAAGGCGCUCCACGCCCGUGAUACUGGCAAUGCUACGCGUGAAGUAGACUACCUCAUCCGUGGCAAGCAUUGGAACGAUGCCCACGCCACCUUCUGCCGCAUCGUUGGACCUACGGCUAUCAUCUCUCGCGAUUACGAUACUCUCGAAAGACUCAUUACCGGUUUCGGAGAGACUCCCGAGCGUAAAAUGCGUGGCUGGGCUUCCGGGGGUGGUAUCUAUGAAGACUUCCUGCGCUUGGUCACUGCUACUCGCGGCCGGCGUGAUCCAAUUCGUCUAGCUCGCCUCGUCAACGCCCUCGUUGCUACCGGUGACAAUGUCCGCAAUCAUUCCGGCGUGGAGGGUCUGGAAGAGCGAGUUGCUUUCAAAGAAAUGAGUCGUGCGGUGGCUAGCUGGAUCACCCACGAAGAUGUCCACUCUAUUCAGUCCUCAACCAUCCUGCGUUUGCCUCUUACCGGGGAUGCGCGCAUUUUGCAAACUGUGGAGAUGAGCCGCCGCUACUUCAGUGCCAUUAUGGCUGGUGGUUUUUAA